GAGAGAGGGGGAGGUUGUGUUUUCCUUUAUCCAGGAAUACAGAAUACACUGCCCUCCCUGUACCGUCUGUUCUGUCUGUCUGUCUGUCUGCUUGUCUGCUUGUCUAUCUGCCUGUCGAUCAGCCCAGCCCAGCAUUCCCCCCUGCAUACCAAUGUUUUCCUCCUCUUACACAACGCUUGGAAAAUAAUCCGAUAAACGGACCAGGACCCGAUCAGCCAAUGAAAAGGUGGGAGUGCCAUUUUAAGCAUUUUGAUUGGCUCCUUUGGCAGUAAGCAUGUGGAUUCAACACCGAACCUGGUAUUAGGGGUGUGGCCAGAGCACAGGCUCAGUGUACUUGUCCAAUUGCUGAAGCCCUACUGUUGUCAGUGUCUGUCUCACCUCUCCCCUCUAGCCUUGGAGGAUAGGCAGAUCAGAUAAGCAGACUGGCUGGAUCUCUCUCUCGCACUCUCUCUCUCUCUCGCACUCAAACAGAUCUAUCUAAAGUACGUCUGUCUGUCUAUCAACGAUGGUGGUCCCUGGCUCUCAACACGCAGAGGACAAGAUGUAUCAUCCUCCGGAGGGUCUGCAGAAGGAUGCUCAUGUUCCUGACUUCAGAUGUUAUCUGGAACUUUACAAGAAGUCUAUUGAGGAGCCGGACGUAUUCUGGAAAGAGGUUGCUAGUGAUUUCUAUUGGAAGAAACCUCCUACGGGUCAGAUUCUGCAGUAUAACUUCGACGUGACCAAAGGGAAUAUCUAUGUGAAAUGCAUGGAGGGAGCCACAACUAACAUGUGUUACAACGUUCUGGACAGGAACGUGAACGACAAGAACCUUGGUGAACGAGUGGCAUUCUACUGGGAGGGGAACUCACCUGAUCACCACAUGGCCAUCACCUACAGUCAGCUGCUGGGACAGGUGUGCAGGUGUGCCAAUGUUCUGAAGCAGAUGGGAGUGAGGAAGGGAGACAGGGUGGCCAUCUACCUCCCUAUGAUUCCAGAGCUGGUGUACACCAUGCUGGCCUGCACCAGGAUAGGAGCUGUCCACUCCAUCGUGUUUGCAGGCUUCUCCUCUGAGUCUCUGUGUGAGAGGAUCCUGGAUUCCCAGUGCAGUAUCCUGGUGACUGCAGAUGGUGUACACAGAGGGGAGAAAUUGAUCAACCUGAAGCAGAUAGCAGAUGAAGCUCUGGAAAAGUGCAAGGAGAAAGCGUCAGCGACCGUUAAAAGAUGUCUAGUAGUUAAGCAUCACGCACUGAGGAUACAAAGUGGGGAUGUUUCUAACAAACUGCAGACUCCGUGGGAUGCUGCGUGUGAUGUGUGUUGGGAGGAGGUGAUGGGACAGGUCUCAGAGCAGUGUGAACCUGAGUGGCUGGAUGCAGAGGAUCCUCUCUUUAUACUUUAUACCAGCGGAUCUACUGGCAAACCAAAGGGUGUCCUCCACACGGUAGCAGGCUACCUCCUCUACACCUCUCUGACCUUUAAGUGUGUGUUUGACCACCAGCCAGACGAUGUGUACUGGUGUACCGCUGAUAUAGGAUGGAUCACAGGACACUCCUACAUCACCUAUGGACCCCUGGCCAACGGGGCUACCAGCAUACUGGUCAUUGAGGGUAUUCCAGUCCACCCUCACGUUGGGCGUUUCUGGGAGGUGAUUGAGAAGUACAGAGUGACCAAGUUCUACACAGCUCCCACAGCCAUACGCCUUCUCAUGAAGUACGGGAAAGAGCCACUACAAAAAUACGACCUGUCGUCGCUGAGGAUCCUGGGAACUGUAGGCGAGCCCAUCAACCCAGAGGCGUGGCAUUGGUACUACGAGGUUGUUGGUCAGAAGAGAUGUCCCGUAGUGGACACCUUCUGGCAGACUGAGACCGGUGGACACGUUCUGACGCCACUUCCUGCUGCUACUCCUCUGAAACCUGGAUCAGCUACCUUUCCUUUCUUCGGAGUGGAUCCCACCAUACUGAAUGAGCAUGGAGAGGAACUGGAGGGAGAGGCAGAGGGCUAUCUGGUGUUCCGGCAGCCCUGGCCUGGUAUCAUGCGCACCGUGUACGGAAACCAGGAACGCUUUGAGAACACAUACUUCAAGAAAUUCCCAGGUUUUUACGUGACCGGAGACGGCUGCAGGAGGGAUAGAGAUGGCUACUACUGGAUCACAGGCAGGAUAGAUGACAUGAUCAACGUAUCAGGUCACCUGUUGAGUACAGCGGAGAUAGAGUCCGCUCUAACAGAGCACGGAGCGGUGGCCGAAGCUGCAGUGGUCAGCAGACCCCACACGGUCAAGGGGGAGUGUCUCUACUGUUUCGUUACUCUGAAGGACUGCAGAGAGUUCAACCGCACUCUGGUGGACGAACUCAAGAGGCAAGUGAGAGAGAAGAUUGGUCCGAUCGCCACUCCAGACUUCAUCCAGAACGCUCCUGGACUUCCUAAAACACGUUCUGGUAAGAUCAUGAGGAGGGUCCUGAGGCAGAUCGCCCGGAACGAGAAGGAUCUAGGUGACCUUUCAACCCUGGCUGACCCUAAGGUCGUGGAGGUGCUGUUCAGCCAGCGGUGGGAGACAGCUGCUUGAGGGGGAGGGGGGGGGGGGGGGCGGCGGCAUGUCAAACACUCUCAGGUGGCGUCCUCUCCUCGUGUCCUCUCCUUCUCUCCUCUCCUUGUCUCCUCUCUUUCAUCUUCAUUUUUCUGAAAACGCAGUAUAGGUGAAUUAUAGGAUAUAGACUACGGCGGAUGGGAUAUUUAUGUUCUCUCACCUAUUCAGUUUUGUAUAUCAGUGCAGAUGAAGGAGAGGAGACAAGGAGAGGAGAGAAGGAGAGGAGAUGCGGAGAGGAAGCCAGGUUAGACUAUUUAGAAACACCCAGAGAGGUUCUUCGUCAUGUCCUCUCUCAUGGUGCAUAUAAAUACGGCACUGGUCCUGAGAUCAGUCUCAGGGAUUUUUUGUGUGCAGUGUUUGGGGGUGGGAUUAGGGUUGGGAGGACAGAUCCUAGAUCAGAUUUUAUGGGAAAAUUGACUUUGAGUUAUUAUAUGUAGACAAAAGGAAUACAGAAGCAACAGUCCGAUGAAUGUCCAAGCAUUACAUUCAGUUUCUACAUAUUCUUUCCAAACGGGUAAAAAUAAUUUUACAAAUAGUUGUUAAUGCAACAAUGUCAGUCUGCUUGUAAUAACGGGUGGGCCGAUAUUGAGGUGAACUGGACCCAGAAUCAGAAUCAGAAUCUUGUUUGUUGCUCGGUAACCUAACCUCUGGGACGUUCUCUCAGUGUAUCAGCCUGUAUCGUCCAUCUUGUUUGCUGCUCGGUAACCUAACCUCUGGGACAUUCUCUCAGUGUAUCAGCCUGUAUCGUCCAUCUUGUUUGUUGCUCGGUAACCUAACCUCUGGGACAUUCUCUCAGUGUAUCAGCCUGUAUCGUCCAUCUUGUUUGCUGCUCGGUAACCUAACCUCUGGCACAUUCUCUCAGUGUAUCAGCCUGUAUCGUCCAUCUUGUUUGUUGCUCGGUAACCUAACCUCUGGCACAUUCUCUAAGUGUAUCAGCCUGUAUCGUCCAUCUUGUUUGCUGCUCGGUAACCUAACCUCUGGGACAUUCUCUCAGUGUAUCAGCCUGUAUCGUCCAUCUUGUUUGUUGCUCGGUAACCUAACCUCUGGCACAUUCUCUAAGUGUAUCAGCCUGUAUCGUCCAUCUUGUUUGCUGCUCGGUAACCUAACCUCUGGGACAUUCUCUCAGUGUAUCAGCCUGUAUCGUCCAUCUUGUUUGCUGCUCGGUAACCUAACCUCUGGCACAUUCUCUCAGUGUAUCAGCCUGUAUCGUCCAUCUUGUUUGUUGCUCGGUAACCUAACCUCUGGGACAUUCUCUCAGUGUAUCAGCCUGUAUCGUCCAUCUUGUUUGUUGCUCGGUAACCUAACCUCUGGCACAUUCUCUAAGUGUAUCAGCCUGUAUCGUCCAUCUUGUUUGCUGCUCGGUAACCUAACCUCUGGGACAUUCUCUCAGUGUUCUAAAUGAUUGAUGAGCUCAGGAUGGAUUAUCGUGAUGAAUCAGCCUGUAGCUUUCAUCUUGCUUUUCACAAAGUGCUCCUCAGACCGAUAGAUUAAUACUGAUCGCUAAUGUCUAAAUGAUGAAGGAAAGCUAGCUAGCUGUUCACUCUUUAAAGCUAUGAAAACUAUCCCAGGGAGUCCAGUCAGCUUUGCACACUUCUACACCAGGGCUUGUAUUUGUUUGGACGUGAAUAUAUAUUUCCAACUUGAGAUUGUAUGUUUUUAUGACUUGAGAAUAAAAGUGGUUCAUGUUUAACAAUUGUUCUUUUCAAAUUCAUAUGA